GUACAAUAAUACUUAACCAAAGAAUUGGAGACGGAUAAAGAGCACGAGCCGACCUAAAGAGCACGAACGAGCACGACCUAAAAGAGCACAGAUUUAACUGUACACCACCUGUUCGACGAAUUGCCCCAUUGAAGCUUGCUUAUGGAGGAAAAAGACUGGGAAGCUUCUUCUUCGAGCGAAAACGAAGAUGGCUUUCCAAACGAUGAUGACGAAGAGUUUCAUUCUGGUGGUUCAGUGCCCAAGUUACAGUUCAGAGUAGGAUCUUCCAAGGCUCGUUGGAUUGCCGAAUUAGGAAUGGCUGAAGUUGAGGUUAAAAGAGGGAAACUUUGGACAACUACUGGAAUCAUUCGUAGUGGAAAGACAUAUUGCUUCAUUGAAGAGGCUCUGUAUUUGAGUGAAAUAGGAGAGUUGCAGAUCUUAGGUAGUGAAGAUGAUGUUAUGAUCCCAUUGAAGGACUUGUAUGAGAAAGUUGCAGAUGAAAAAAGCGGUUGCUGUUGGGAAAACUACGAGGUUUAUAGAUACUUAAAGGGUCUUGGUUACAUCCUAGGCAGGCAUGGGGUUUCUUGGACGUCAAAGGAUGCUGCAUUUACGACACCAAGUUGUCAAGAAGAGUCAGUUUGUUCCGGUGAAUGUCCUGAAGACAAGGAUACUGUAGCUAAACUCUUGGGAGAUAUGCAGAUCUGUGAUGCAAGAGCGGUGUAUGACGUGUAUUUGCCGAAUAGCAGAUUCAAGAAGUCUUCUCCUGGUGAACCGAGCUUUGUGGCUUGCUUCUCGGGGGACUCUCCACCAAGCAGAAAAGAUAUUAAAGUCCUGCAAAAGCUCGUAGCUGCACCAUUAAUGUUUUGUCAUAUCGCUCAAGGCCGUGCCAGUUUCUUUUCCUUCAGUUCCAUAGACCUCCCUCUCUUACCAUAAAACGUAACAAAAGACUGAAUGAUCUUGUAUUCUUUCGACAAAGUCAGAAAACAAAGUAACUUUGAUGUUGCGUAUAUCAUGACUCAUGAGGUAUAAUAUGUACGACUCUUCUGUUUUUCUACAAGGGAUGAGAAGAAUUUUGUAAAAGGCUUCAGGAAAAGAAAAUGGAAAGACGAAUGCUUUUUUUGAGUGAGAUUGCUUGUAUCUUCGAAGAUAUCUAAGGACAGCCGAGGUUUUUCAGGUCCCUUGGCUUGGCAAACCACGUUGGUGUAAUUGUUGACAGUUUCGGAUACAAGUCCUUGUAUGUUCCAUUUAUCGUUGUUUCUGCAAUUCCAGUGACUUCUAUAAGAUCUGCAACUCAUCAAGUGUCAAUAUGUUAGAGAAAGAGAAGAGCUGAUCAGACUUUGCUUUACAGCUAGCUUGCUAUAUAGAUGGAGAUUUAAAUGUGACCUUUGAGCAGCUUCUUCUCAUAAGAAAGUCGAGCAAUGGCAUAUACGAUUCCUGCGGCAACUGAUACAGGAGACCUACUGCUGCAAUAAGUAGAAAUAUGGUUUCUUUAAAGUCUGCUGUUGCAUCAUAUAUCUGCUUACUCAUCCACUAAAUUCUAAUAAAACUGCUCAAAUGAUGAAUGUACCUAUCAGUAAUUCUAUCAUAA